AUGUCUGCUAAUAUUGACGUCCCAGUUCUGAUCGUCGGUGCCGGCCCCACAGGGCUCAUACUGGCUCUCACACUUGCCAAAAAUGGCGUUCCUGUCAGGAUUGUGGAAAAAGAUGCCGCUUUCCACGUUGGCCAGCGCGGCGUCGGCGUCCAGCCCCGGACGCUCGAGAUAUACCAGUUCCUCGGUGCACUUCCCGACGUAAAAGCAAACGGAAUCCCUGUUUUGCCCUUCCGCGCGUACAAGAUUGGGGGUGGGGAUGAUUGUGUUAAGACAUUUUACAUGUCCCCUCCCACAGAGCCAACUCCAGCCAUCCCGAACCCAGAUUCAUGGCUUUUGGGACAAAAUGUGGCACAGCGUAUUCUGCGGUCCCAUCUGGCUAAGUAUAAUUGUCAUGUCGAGCUCGGCACAACAUUACACAGCUUUGAGCAGCAUGAUGAUUCUGUGGUGGCGAAAGUUGUGAGAACGCAGGCUGACGGCGCCGAGAUCAGCGAAACUAUUCAUUGUCACUGGCUUGUGGGUGCCGAUGGAUCGCACAGCACUGUGCGCAAGCAGCUCGGAUUAACAUUUCAUGGCGAGCAGCGGGCAGAGGAGGCUGUUGUCGGCGAAAUUGAUGUGCAAGGAUUGGACGGGAACUUUUUGCACAACUGGGGAGACCCCUCGACGCAAAUGCUUCUCCUACGUCCCACCGAGACCAAAGACGUCUUCGCGUUCGCUUUCUUAGGGUCUCUUGAUUACAAGAAAAUUCUGAGCGACCGCGAAGAGUUGGUUGGGACCUUGCGCAAAUUCAGCGGCCGAGACGACUUGGUCUUCGGCGAGGUGAAGUCAGUUGGAUACUUCCAGCCGCAUAUACGCAUGGUGAAUAAGUUCAACGUUGGACGAGUCUUCGUUGCGGGCGAUGCGGCGCACGUACACAGUCCGGCAGGCGGACAGGGAAUGAAUUCUAGUAUGCAAGAUGUUUUCAACCUCGGCUGGAAACUUGCACUUGUCGAGAAAGGUCUCGCCUCGCGCACCCUGCUGGAAUCUUACACCGAUGAGCGGCUUCCUGUCAUCGCCGAAAUGCUUAAGGUGACGACGGAGCUGCUCAAUCGCCGCAGUGCACGCGCACGCGAAGGCGAGCUGGAGGGUGUGAGGACUGAGCGCGCGUACGCGAACGAGGAGAAGAUGAAGCAACUCAAGGUCAACUAUCGUUGGAGCGCGAUCGUGCAGGACGAGCGCAAGCCGUUUGAGGAGAAUGCGCCGCUGGAUCCGUAUGGCAUACUCGGAGACGGAGUCGUCAGGGCUGGCGAUCGGGCGCCGGAUGCUCCUGGGCUCGUGAAAGUCGGCACGGGACAGACUCUCUCGCUCUUUGACAUCUUCUCCCCGAGCUACCAUACGGUCUUGGUCUUCGCUGGGGACGACACCACUCAGGUUGGCUCUGUCAUUGCGGUGCUGAAGAACUAUGUCUCGGAGGUCAUUCGUUCAGUGGCCAUCUAUGGGGUGGAUACUGCGCAACCCGGCGUUGAAGGCACGGAUAUGGUUUUGUUGGACAAGGAAGGCCACGCGCGUGCCGGGUAUGCCGUGGAGAAAGGUCCGAUGACUGUGGUGGUCGUGAGGCCCGACGGUGUAGUUGGAGCAAUUGUUUUGGGGGCUGGAGGGGUCCAGAAGUACUUUGAAAAGAUUUUCUCGAUUACGGCUUAA